UGCCUCAGUCCCUUCCGGCCGCGCCGCCUCGGUGGUUGCUGGAAGUCGGUGCCUUCGAUUGGUCCCGAGGACGCACCCGCGCCGGGAGCUCCGAGACAGCUUGGGGCCGCUGCUGGUGGGGGAUGCGCCGGAGCCGCUAGCCGGGAGCCGCGAGCUGGGGAAGCUGCGAGGGUUUGCUCGCAAUAAGGAGGAACAGCAAGAGAGACAAAGAUUCAAGUACCUUACUCCACAGUACAUAGGAACAGCAAUAGAGACAACAGGUCAAGUGUGAAUAUAUGAAGGAGGAAGUCGGGGAAUCUGCUGAAGAUGAGGCGACUGAAUCGGAAGAAGACCCUGAAUUUGAUGAAAGAGUUGGAUGCUUUUCCAAAGGUUCCUGAGAGCUAUGUAGAGACUUCAGCUAGUGGAGGAACAGUUUCCCUUAUAGCAUUUACAACUAUGGCUUUCUUAACAAUAAUGGAGUUUAUGGUGUAUCGGGACACGUGGAUGAAAUAUGAAUAUGAAGUAGACAAGGAUUUUACUAGUAAAUUAAGAAUCAACAUAGAUAUUACAGUUGCUAUGAAGUGUCAAUAUGUGGGGGCUGAUGUUUUGGACUUGGCAGAAACAAUGGUUGCUUCUGCAGAUGGGCUAGCAUAUGAACCAGUAAUAUUUGAACUCAGUCCCCAGCAAAGAGAGUGGCAAAGGAUGCUGCAGUUAAUUCAGAGUAGGCUGCAGGAAGAACACUCUCUUCAAGAUGUAAUAUUCAAAAGUGCUUUUAGAAGUGCUUCAACAGCACUACCACCAAGGGAAGAUAAUUCCUUACAGCCUCCAGAUGCAUGCCGGAUUCAUGGCCAUCUUUAUGUCAAUAAAGUGGCAGGGAACUUUCACAUAACCGUGGGCAAGGCAAUCCCUCAUCCCAGAGGCCAUGCACACUUGGCAGCCCUUGUGAGCCAUGAGGCAUACAACUUCUCUCAUAGAAUAGAUCAUUUGUCUUUUGGAGAGCUUAUUCCAGGAAUUAUUAAUCCUUUGGAUGGAACAGAAAAAAUUGCAUCAGAUCACAACCAGAUGUUCCAAUAUUUUAUCACAGUUGUGCCAACAAAACUCCAUACAUAUGAAAUUUCAGCAGAAACUCAUCAGUUUUCUGUGACAGAAAGGGAAAGAGUCAUAAACCAUGCAGCUGGCAGCCAUGGGGUGUCAGGAAUAUUCAUGAAAUAUGACAUCAGUUCGCUUAUGGUGACAGUGACAGAAGAACAUAUGCCCUUUUGGCAGUUCUUAGUGAGACUCUGUGGUAUUAUUGGAGGAAUUUUCUCAACUACAGGCAUUUUACAUGGCAUUGGAAGAUUCAUAGUGGAAAUCAUCUGCUGUCGUUUCAGACUGGGCUCAUAUAAAUCUAUAUCGGUCCCACUUCCUGAUGGCCACAUAAACAACCACUUACCUCUAACUACAGACAAUGGUACGCAUUAGUAACUCCUUGAGGAAACCUUUUUCUUUCUGCCUGAUACAGAAGACACUUUUUUAUAAUAAAACAUUGUGCAAUAUGUUGAGACAGUGCUGAUGGACAGCAAAAAUCAAGCCUUUUAAAAAAAAACAAACAAACAAAAUCUGUGUAAUUUGUCUCUCUCUUUUAAGUGCACAUGGAGUCAAGUGAAGCCAAAAUGUACCAUGAGGUCAACAUCUUGAUAUAGCAGGCACGUUACUGGAGAACGACCGUGUCCAGAGUGAACCUAAAGUCCAUGCCUAUGAAGUCAAACUCCUGUAAAAACUAAUUUAUAUGCAGCAGUUUGGCAGCAAUAGUCGUACUUCAUGAAGCCAGGUUUGCUGCCAGGUUUACGGAAAUGGGAUGCAAGCCCUUCUUUUAACCAGAAGAUGUGGGAGCUUAGUUAUUCUGCUGACAGGUUUUUGGGAGGAGGGCUAUAAGAAACCCUGAACUAGAGAAAGGAAGGGAAAGCUUGAUGAGGUGAGAUGGAGCUUGAGCCAUAGCCCUCACAGCUGCCACUACCAUUCUCUAAUACCACCAUUACCUACAGGAAGGAAAAGGACACAGAGCAAGCAAGGCACAUUUCUCUGUAUUUCUACCCACAACCACUUUGUCAACAAUCAGAUCAUGUUGAUUCCAGGAGUUCCUGGAGCCUGACAAGAAUUGGGUCCUAUAUCUUUGCGUUAGAGCUGAGGAGCCAGGAACAAUAUGUCUUCAAAAGGUUUUUUGAGCGAGUCAUUACUUGUUUGCUUAUCCCAGUGCAAAACUCAGCCAGCAAGUGUGAGAAACCACCUCUCUGCUCCAGCUCAAUACAGAAAUGUCUUCUAUUUCUAAAGAACAGACACAUCUGUCUGCUACGUGACAAAUAAAAAAUGGAGAUCAGAGGACAGAGAAGAGAUUGGAGGAACAAAUAGCUAAGAACAGCAAGGCAGCUUCUUGCUAAAUUCCACAGGAAGCACAGAUUUUUGGCAAGUCAAUAAGUUGACUGGCCCAUCCGGGGAACUGGAGACAAUCUCCAAGAAACAGGUGACUGCGCUGAAUCAAUUGUUUCUCUGCAGAUAAAUGGUGGGGAAAGAUGUUGAGCCAUGAAAGCUUUUUAAGUUCUACACUAUGGGCAUAAAGCUGUAAUAUGCAAAUGGGAGUGGAUAGUGGUAAUGCGGUAGUCUUAAUAAGAUGAAGGCAACUAUACUGUAGCUGAACUACUGACAGAAAUCUAUAGUUACACACAGCUACUCUACCCAGAUGAAAGACUGACAAAAGUUCCUUUCCUUUCGUAGGAGCUAAUUCUAAUCUUGGGCCCUCAAUGCUUUGCAAUGGUUAUUACAACAUGGAGGACUGAGUAUAGAAAAAGAAUACCCCUACUGUUGAUUGUUUUCAGAUUUUACUUACUUUUAUUGACACAUUCCAUAAAGUGCUGGAAUUUGUCACAAGCCCAGUAUAAAUAUUAAACUGAUUUGCCCUGUCCUGAUUGUAAGCCUAAAAACAAUCUUAACAUGAACAUUAUGUGAGUGUUGAAGUGGGAAAGGGAGAAAACUAUACUUUAUUUUGGCUACUGUAGCGGACCAAAUUCAAGGAAAUAGUCAUUUGAGGUGGGAAGCAAGUUUGACCUGGAUUAAAACUGAUUUCGAUAGGAAACAGGCUCUUGUCUUCAAUGCCCACAUUGAAUGGCUUUGUGUGCUACACAUCCUUGUGCUGCAUGUGUACUGCUUUUGAAAGAAUCAGUGCAUUCACACGAGUCUUAUCCUAUGGCACUUGUGCGCUCUGUUUUGUAGUGCUCAGCAUUGCUGCUAGGAGCGGGGCUUUUAGGGUGACUUGGAUAUGAAGCACUGUGCUGUGGGAUGGAACGAGGGACAAUUUACCCUAGCAUUUGCCAAGCUUGGCUGCUGCUUGUGCCUACGAAGGUAAGGUAGUUAUAAACUGCAACAGUUUAGCUGGACCUGAACUGUAUCAGGUGUUAGAAGUGAUAAGGUUUACAACCACACCUGGGACAGCUGUUGUGCAUUGAUACAAAGAGCGUUACAAGUUCAUGACACAUAUUGCAGUGGUUUCUUGGAAUUCUGAUUUUCUUUGAAUAGGUGGACAAAAGUGUUAGAGCUAAAGGAUGGAAAAUGGAAAGAGCGAGACUCUCCAGAAAAGUUGGAAAGCUGGCAUUAUUCGGUUGAUUAGACAGAUGGAAUUUGUCCUUUCAUUUAUAGUCAAGUGAGCAAGGAAGGCUUGAUAUGUGAAUUUGGGCAGUGUGAUGGUAGAUGACAGUUAUAGAUUUGAGGGACUAUUCAUAAGAAGGAUUAUUUUGUAAUACACUACAUUUUCAGUCAGAAGUUAGCAAAUAAUUUAAAAAUGGCAUGUCCUUCCAAAUUGCAUUAACUCUUUAUUUGCCACAGCUUAAAGUCUAAGGCAGAAACGAAGGGCAAAAUAUUUUUUUCAAAUAGGCAAAACUUCAUAGGAGUGGGGAGCCAGACUUCCAAAGCAGUUCCAGGUUUUUUUGACAGCUGAAGUUGCUGAGCACCCAGAAAUCUCAUUGACUGUCUAAAGCUAUGGCUGUUCAGUACUAAUGAAAAUCAAGCAUAAGACAUUUCUUUUGAGUUCACAGAAUGAAAAAAACAAUAAUAAAGCCACACAAAACAUUUCUGAAAAUGUUUAACAUAUAACUUCAGUGUGGACAGACAAGAAAGAUGAGCAGAUGUAUACAUCAGUAAAUAUAUAGGUAUGAAAGCAAAUGGAUAAGGACAGUCAAGUCAGUGGAAGAGCUUUUAUUUUUCUUGUAUUACAAAAGACAGCAGUACUCCAAAGUCAGCACUUUGAAGGAAAAAGGAAAAGCUAUGCAAAGUACAAUGAAAUUAGGGUCUCUGCUGAAAGAUAUUGAUAUGGCAUAUUGAAAGAAUAAAAAAUAAGAAAUGAAUAAAAUAUCAAGCAUCUUUAGAUGCAGUUAGUAACUCUUUGGUAAAAAUUAUGAUUUGUGGUGAAGGACAAAUUCCCUUCUCAGUGGUGACGAGUAUAUGUUUCUGGCUAUUCUGAAUUAUCAGGUGUUUUGUUAAAUUGUGUCAUAGGCCACAGCCAGAGACAGAAUACAAGAGAGGGUGGACAAAUCAUCUGACCUGCUAUCUCCUGUAUUCCCUAGAGGAAAUUCAAGUGAUGUUUCAGAGGGAAAACCAGGGAAAAAAAAUGGAAUAUAGCAACCUUGUAUCGUAUAUCAUGGCCACAGAUGGGAAUGAAUUGCAACAGCGUUCAGCAGAUACAUUUGUUCAGGUUUCCCUUCAGGGAUUCAGCUGCUUGAGUUUUGGUUUUUGCAGAGGCUUGGUUGCUUAUGGCUUUACAUUAAACUUGCUUGAUAACCCCUUUAUACUUUGCAGCCCUCAGAACAUUAUUCUUUUCCAGUUUCAGUGCACAGAUAUCCUGCUUGUACCAGGUGGGCUGUAGUUUGUUGCACUUCCUUAUUUUAGCAGCUGGUUGGGUUAGUUGCAGCUGCGCUGGUUUGGAGUCUUGCAACAACUUUACCUCUUUCCUUUGCCUCUCUGGUGCUAAGUAAAGGGAAUAAGGUUCAGAUGAGUGUAUGACGGGAAGAAGGAAGCUCACUUUUUCUUUUUAAAGUAAAGUUUAGAAUGCAUUAACUGGGAUGAAAUUUAAGGGAAUUGUUACCUCUAGCAGAAAACAUGACUGGAUUAACUGGCAGAUUUUUUUUCCCCUGUGAGAUGUACUGAACUGCCUUCCCCACCUCCACCAUCCCCUUCCAGACCUGAUCUGUUUAAAAAUCAGUGAAGCUUUUUAAAGCAACCAUUCAAAUCAUAGGACCUCAACAUUUCCCACUUGGAUAGAAACCAUCCAUUUGUUCAAGUAUGUGUCCAUUUUGUGGGGUCAGGAGGGAUGCUUGGCUGUACCUUGGUAAUGUUGGGUCUUUAUCUGUUUAAGUGUUUAUAAGGUGGCUCGUUUGAGGCUUGUGAAGCCUCAAGUUUGACAGGUUAAAAAUUAUUCAGAUAAGAAACGGGCUCUUGUCUGUACUGAGCAAAGAAAUCGCUGUGCAGUGACUGUAUUAAAUGGCUUGGCUUGGUGUGUCUCAUCCUUGCAGCAGUUUAGUUCAUCUCUGCUGUUAUUGAACGAGCCAGACUACAAGGCUUGUAUUACAUCCAUGGGACCUGUGCACUCCAUUUUAUAGUGCCCAGUAUUGCUGCUGGUGGAGCUACUUUGGCUGGUCAGCAGUGUGGCAACCUCAAGCAAUGAUGUUCCCCACUGGCUGUAUCCCAGUGAGGAAUUCUUUUUCAGAGAGUCCUUUGACCCUCUGGAUUCAAGACUUGCUUGUAUGGCUACUUACUCAUCACAACUGGAUGUUUUUACAGAGUGAACUCAGGUGUGAUCAGCUGCACAGACUAUCUAUAUUGGAUGUAAUAAUUCAUGGGAUAACCAAACAAAUUUCUGAAGUGGAGCUGAAGGCAAAGAUGGAAGAUUUGGUAUAAAGAAUGCGAAGUCACUCCUCUAAGAAAUGAAAAUAAACUGUGCAAGUACAAAGCUUGGGGAUGUAACUAAGGUCACCAGUCACAUCCUUGGCAUUAAUGUUACUCCAUAAUAUAUUUUAAAUAUAACAGAGCACUGUUGUUAUUUGGGAAGAUGUAUCAGAACUGCUCAGUUUGGAGGGAAGUUGUCCAUGGAAAAAGCUCUGUCCCUGCCUUAAAUGUUGUUCCACGAAAUAAGAACAGUUGUACAAUAUGCACCUGUUCUAGCCAUGAUACUUUACUCCAGGCACUUAGUUCUCUUAUGUACUUCCAUUAUAAUUCCUUUGGUUCUAGCUCUGUGCAGGUGUUGGGGCUCAGGCAGUACCCUGGUAUUUUGAUGUGUUGUAAAAUACUUGUUUGCAUACAUUUUUAUACCUUAUGCAAAUCCCCAGCAAACAAGAACAUGUCACAGAGCCUUAGUGAACUCUGCUCACCCAGUGCUCUUCUCCAUCCAAGACUAAACAUUUUUGUAUUCUGUCUCCUGCCUCAGCAAGGAUCAGUGGGCUGCUGCAGUUAACGCUGGUGUUGAAUCCAACAGGAGUGACUAGGCUAAUAGGAAUUACCAGUACUCCAUUUCAACUCACUGCCGUGGCUCUUUUCCUUGUCUCCUUAGGAUACCCAGCUCCUGCUGGGCUGGGGACGAAACUGUAAGAUUUUUUUUUUUUCCUUAGCUCCUGCAAGAUUUUGCAAGGAAUUUUUGAGACUUCAGCAGUAAGUGUUGCUGUUUGUGUAUAAAAACCUGCUUGCACCUAGCAGUGCCUGAUGGUACAAGACUUUUGCUAUCCACAACAGAGCUGAAUGCUGAGUAAGGUACCAUCGAGUUCUGGCACCAAGGAUGUGCCACCUUUUUUCACUGCCAGUGUCUUAUCCAAAACUUGUGACACUUGCAGUGAGAAUUGAGACUAGCAGAAGGGGGCUAUUAUUAAAGAGUAAUAAUGUAACAUCAUUUGCUCUUGGUUUAUUCCAGUGGCAGCUCCAGCACACCAUGGCACAUCAUUAUGCAUAACAGCUUGACCAGUGCUAUACCAGCCUGGGGGAAUAAAAGGACACUUUUCUGGAUACUUGAGUUCCUCACUUAGAUUAAGUAAAAAUGGUGCUGGUCUUUUGCUCUGAGAGCCCACUGAAUCAGAUUAUUUUACAUUGCAAAUAGAAGACUGCCUGUUUUGUUCCCCUGUAUUCUAAUGUGUAUGAAGUAGUUUGUGAUGGAAGAAGGAACAACAAAUGUUUUUACUUUGGUCCUUUCAGCGACAAAAGAGAGAGCAUGAUCUCCUUUGCUGGGAAGAGGUAUAGCUGAAAUUCCUCACAGCUCCCUGCACAUGGGAAUUAUAAAAUAGAAUUAAAGUGGUGUCUUUUCUCCCUCUUCCAUCUCCAGCCUGCUUCCCAUAAGCUUUUUUUAAAUCUUUGUUCAAGGGCCAGAUAAAUUAUAGCUGAGGAAGGUCCAAACUUUGUGUUUGUGGUUUUUAUUGAUAGACACUAACAGUAAUAAGGAAUCUGAUUUUUUUUUUUUGUCUUUUUCCCCCAUUGCACCAUCUUGAUCUCCCCCACCCACAACACACAUGCAUUCACAAUAACUAGUAAAUUAGGUUUUUGUAUGAUGAUGCUAUGCGCAGCAUAUUGCUGCAUUUCCUAUGACAACUGCAAGCUAAUCUAUAAAUGUUUUAUGUAUUUUAUCAGAAAAUGCUGGCCUAUGCUUCCUUGCAGCCUUUUCAGUCAUUUCCCAUGAGCAUUAGAAGAGGUGAGUGAAUAGAGAAGGAAAGUAGUUUUGUAAGAGCCAGGUACAUUUAUUGUUCUGCCAGUGACAUGCUUUGUGACUUUGGCUGAGCCACAUUGCCUUUUCAUGUCCUGGGGCUAAUGACAUUUACCUGCCUCAAAUGGCUGCUGUGAGUGUAGAUUAAUAUUUAUGAUGCACUCUGAAGGUAGAAGCAUUAUUGAUGCCGUGGAAACCUUUUGGUAUGGGAGUGCACAGCACAUAUUUGUGUCCCAUUAUUGUCAGGCUUAUUUUUCUGCCUGCUGCUACAAAGAAUCAACAGUUGAUGUCAACUUAAUUUUAAUGACUAUUUUUUUGUUUGUUUUAAAUCUUCAAAUAUAUAAAAAAAAUCCAGUGACUGUUCCCAGCUCCACAGUAUUAUCACUAUUUUAUUGUACAAAAGCCAUGGAAUUUGAAGAUGUGCUCUUUUGUUGCACUGUGUCUGUAAUAUAGGUCAUAAACUGAAAAUAUUGGUCACAAGGUUUUUCAGUCCGUUUCACUGGGUGUUUAAGCAAGAAUAAUUGCUGCAGUAGAAAUUUUCCAGAGAACUGUAUUUUGAAGUCCUUGUCAGUAUUGUAAAAACAUUUUGGGGUGUCAUUUCAGGAAAUAAAAGAUUGCAGGUGUUACAGCA